AUGGUACAAGAUCACCUACAGAGUCUCUCCCACAACCACGAGGCAUUGCGCCACAAGUUAGACAGGCAAGUGGUACGAGCUGCAGUGAAACAAAAAGCUGCGGCUAACUGCACAGAAAAACCGUCGCGACUAAUCUGCGCGGAGAUACGAAAGGCAGAAACACAUGAAGCAACUCUCGAUCACACUGACAUGAAAUUACUUCGAGAAGCGGCAUACCGUGCGCGGCGACGUAUUCUCCCUCGUCUGCCAAAGUCCAGAGAAGACGUACACAAAAUUUUGGCAUCGUCUGCAUCUUUAACAACAACAAACAGGGGAGAAAGCUUCGUACUGGCGAACGACAGCAGCAUGGGAGUGGUUGUCCUUUCAUGCGCAUCAAAUGUUUCGUUUCUUUGCACCCUGGAUAAGAUUUUCAUGGACGGAACAUUCAGAUCGUGCACGAAGUACUUCAAACAACUCUUCACAAUCCAUGGCCUCCGGAAUGGUAUUUACGUCCCACUUGUGUUCAGCUUGCUGCCAUCGAAAGAAGAAACACGCUACUUGAAGGUGAUGCAGUUUGUCAAGCAGGCGGCAGCGGAGGCGGGCAAAACUUUUGAACCAACAACAGUUGUUGUCGACUUUGAGACAGCCAUUCACAAUGCCGUAAGACUCUCCUGGCCAAAUGCUAACAUUGUAGGAUGCCGAUUUCACCUAGGCCAGGCAUGGUGGCGCAAAAUACAGAAACUGGGUCUGUCACCGUCUUUCAAGCGUGAGAAUUCCGAAGUGGGCUUAUGGCUUAAACAGGUGUAUGGUUUGCCAUACCUUCCACCAUCAGAAGUUGCAGACUGUUUUGUGUUUGAUAUGUGCUCGGAAGCUCCGCGGGAAGAAAAGCUCCGGCUAUUUAUGGACUAUCUUGUCGAUGAGUACAUCAAAGACGGCUCUCGCUUUCCUCCGGAAAUGUGGGCUGAGAUGACUGACAACAUGCAGAAUACCACCAACGCCUGUGAGUCGUUCCACAGUCGCUUCAAUGGGUGCUUCUACAGUCCACAUCCAGAUGUCUUUCGAUUCUUGAGCGUUCUGUAG